GUCCAAAACACUGUAUUACCCACAAUCCUGUGCACUCUUCCUAACGCUCAUGGGCGGAGCUCGAACGGAAACAUGGCAGCGGGCGUCUUAAGCGGAGUAAGGCAGGUUCUCCGGGGCCCUCGGUUGGUCUCUGCUGUGUUCUCGUGUCACGGACAGACAUUGAGCUCCGCAUCAGCUGCAGUAAAAUCAGCGCCAGACACCGGUGAGAAUGUCCGAUGGGACCUGAUGAAGCCAUAUCUGUUUGGUUCUCGUCUGGAUAUUGACAUCAUUGAUCUGGAGCAGACAGCAGAACACCUGCAGCGGGCGCUGAACUUCACAGCUCACGUGGCGUACCGCAGCGGCAUCAUCCUGUUCGUCAGCCGCAGGCGUCAGUUCAGUCAGUUGAUAGAGACGACGGCGCGAGAGUGCGGCGAAUACGCUCACACGCGCUACUGGAAAGGAGGCCUGCUCACCAACGCCCCCAUCCAGUACAGCCCCGGCGUCCGGCUGCCUGACCUCAUCGUCUUCUUCUCCACGCUCAAUAAUGUUUUCCAGCAGCACGUCGGCAUCCGAGACGCGGCCAAAAUGAAUAUUCCCACAGUCGGGAUUGUGGACUCUAAUUGUAACCCCAGCCUCAUCGCAUACCCAGUGCCCGGCAACGAUGACACACCUGUUGCCAUGGAGAUGUACUGCCGGCUGUUUAAAAUGACCAUUAAUAGAGCAAAGGACAAGAGGCGAGGCUUGACUUUUUAA